CAUCAUGUCAAAGUCGAGCAUCGAGCGCAUCUCCACUGUCCGCCGUGCCGAGUCGUAUCGCAUACCUGGCCAGCGCCACCCAACAGUGAGCGCCGCCACCUUUGCGCUGCGAAGGACGGGUCGCGGCCGCGUCAUGGACAUCCUGCGCACCGACUCCGAGCUGCGCGAUCGUGUCCUCGCAAAGUUCGCAGAGGAAGUGGCGUCCCUGGAUGCCACCUCGCUCAUUCGGCAGCGGGCGUUGGAGCGGGGGCGCCGGUUGCUGACAGGCAAUUUGGACGAGCUUGAACGCGUGGCGAAAGACAUGGCGGAUGCAAGCAGCCACCGGGCGUUUUGCCGGGAGAUGAAGGUGUCCUCGCACCCUGGUCGACCGUGCUGGGUGAACCUCGUCCUAUGCCAGCUCGCUGGGUUUGAGGCCGUCUCUCUCCGGCGCGCUGACCCGGAGCCGCCCUCCGUGGCGUGUAUCAUCUGCCAGGGGGCUUACGUGCCCGAAGCAGCGGGCUCGGUCAGCUUCACGUUCCACUUGGAUUGCGGAAAUGGGUUGUGCACAGACUGUGCUACGACAUUAAGAAGGCACCGGGCCGACGAUUUGGCCACCUGCCCGUGGUGCUUGCAGCCGCUGCGGCAGGUGCGCACAGGCGUCUGGCCGGGGAGGGUGGGGGCGGAGGAGGCACCGGCGCCAAACAGUCAUCGAAAUCUAUAGUCUUUCUGAGAGAUUGAGAGGAGCGCUGGUAGUGUGAUUUUACCUCACACCCGUGGUGUCUCACCGGACGGUACGCGCUGCGCACACUUUGUUGGGUGGCGUUGCGUCCGGCCGAUGGAGGGUGGCGUCGGGAGAGGGAUUUUUAGCAAUGAGUCAAGGAAUGAGCACUUAGAAAAAAUAAAA